AGAAAUCUGCAGAAUUAAUAAAUGAAGAAGUGGAUUUGGUUGGGAAGGUUCUUUAUUCCUUCUUUACAUAUAAGAGUAGAAAGAUAAAUCAGCCUUGUUUCUCAAUUGAAACCAAAUACACCAUUUCCCCUACUGUUUCUUUCGUUUCUUCUUCUUCAUCCUUCAGCCUUAAAAGAAACAACAGAAAUGAGCGAUCCCAAGUACGCCCAACCUUACCCUGCUCAAGGGUACUAUCAAGGGCCGCCGGUGAUGCCGCCACCACAGUACGCCGCUCCGCCGCCCAGGAAGCAGCCUGGCUUCCUUGAAGGAUGUCUGGCUGCUCUUUGCUGCUGCUGCCUCAUUGACGAGUGCUGCUGCGACCCAUCCAUCAUCUUCCUCACUUGAUCUGUCCACAUAUCAGUGUGAUUUAAGUUCCUUCCCCAACCCAAUCACCGCCAUGUGUAAUUUGAUUUCACUAUAUGUAUUUCUAUCCCUGUCAUUUACCGAGGACAAAGCUUACACUUGUGUGUUCAUCUGACAGAAAUUUCUCUACUCUGCGUAUCGUCCUUUUCUUUGCUCUGCGUUUCGUGUAAAUGGAAAAAUGGAUAAACAGCUCGCUUCUUCUCUUCUUGUUGGUUGUUGCUCACUUUCCUGUGGGUUAUAGUGUCCAAGGAUAUGUAAAAAUCAUAUUGGAAACAACAUGUUGAAAUUGUGAUUUAUUAAAGG